ACGAGAGUCAUAAACACUAGGCUUAACCUUAAAUACUAUUUACGAAAUCCAUAUAUCCAACGCUGUUUGUUUGAAAUUGAACUGGAAUUCAUCAUUUACUUAACAUUUAGCCAAUAAAAAGUACUUCAUAUAAAUUACACCAAAAAUAUUUACGCCUUUAUAAAUAACAUAAUAUAACACAUUAAUUGAGAUUUUAUGGAGUCAAGUAGUGAGAGAUAAAAAGUUCUUGAAGUGAUUUAGGAUGGAUGUCUAUACUAACUGGCCAGAGAUACAACUUGACAAGAUGACAUUUCAUAUUUAUUGUUAACCACUAAUGAGGAUGUGGUUACAAGAGUUGAAGAUUUGAAGAAGAGUGAUCAUUAAAUGAUUAGAAUGAAUGGAAGAAGCACAGGGAAGAGGGAGAAGACGAAGUUUAUUUGAUAUAGCACGCACACAAAAACAGAAGACUGGAACUAUCCAAGUUGUCAGUAUUCCCCCAGUUUCUUCAGAAGAGCAGCUGUCCAAGCAUAAGGUAAAGUACGAAAACUCGUAUCAGCUUGAGCCUGAUUCCAAACUUCAGACCAAUAAGAUUGCUUCCAUUUUACAACAGAUUUUGUCACAGCACUUAGAAGGGGCUUGCUACAAUCCUCUGACAACCAGUUUGCUUUGUAAAGUUAUUGCAAAUGAUGUUGAGCGAGAAGUAAAGAAACUUGGGUAUAAAAGAUACAAAUUUGUGUGUAUGGUGACCAUUGGUCAGAAGCAGAAUGAAGAUAUUACAAUAGCAAGUCGUUGUUUAUGGGAUCCUCAGAGAGAUAACUUUGUAACAGAAGUAUUUGAAAACCUGGAUUUCUAUGCUGUUUCAACUGUGUUUGCAAUUUACUAUGAGUAACAAAGUCACAGAGAAAUGGAAUAACGAAACAUGUUUUCAUUGAAUAGUACUCAUAUUCUGAUAACUAUGAAAUAUAGCUGCAUAUGUAGUGAUGUUGUUUGCACAAAGACCUGAUGAAAGUGCUGGGAAUAUUGUGAAUGAUAAAAGUUUGGAGAAACAGUGUUAUAUUUGUACAGUGAUUUGCAUAAUAGUGGUUUUUUGAACACAUACAAAAUCCUCAGCUGGUUGUUUACCUGUUACUUGUAAACAUGUAGGUUAAUCACUGGUCGAUAGAUUCUGACAUUUAGAAGUUUGUUUCAAUUAAAAAUAAAUUUUGCUUUUACAAAUGCUUAUGCUGAUGAUCUGUUGGUCUAAACUUGUGAAAUAAUAACUUGUUAAUGACAAUUUUUUUUUCACUGUUCAUAGGCUGUCUUACAAAUUUAGACCAACAGCUCAAAGUGUAUUAAAAUAACAUCAUCCAUUGUAAGGUCUUAAAACUGUCGGUCUACAGUUACGUUGUAGAAGAAUUAUGCCACAGUUACUAAUCGCUUCAGUUAUCAAUACUCCAUUCAUUGAAAACGUGAUAUUAUUGAACUGGUACAACAUACAAUAUAUUUAAACCACUUAUACUUAUUAGACAAACUAAAAUCUUAAGGUACUUGUUAUGAAAGGGAACAUAAUACAGAAAAACUCAACUCUGUCUUUGUAAGUCACGGGAACGGUACAACUACAAAUGUGCCUGAAAGUGGAUAUUUAAAAUUUUCGUUUUAAAUUGAAUUGUAGAAUUAGCCUACUUUGUUUUAAUUUUAUUUACACAUACAAAUAUAUAUAUAUCUACUCUUGAUAAUAUAACAAUUGAAACCUGUAUCAUUCUUUAUUAAAAACACUGUUUUGUUUUUUCAUAAAAUAUUUUAGAGUUAUAUUAAUUUUCUUCCUCCUUUUUAAAAACAUUUAACAAAAUUAUGUAGACAUGUACUUGAUUCUAUAAGUGAGUGAAGUAUUCUUGAUUUGGUGAAAUUGCAUGUAAUUGCAUUACUUACUUAAAACAAUAAAGUGAUUAGCUUUGAUAUCUCUUAUAAACUCUGGGAAACGUUUUUACAAGUGCACACUGGAGAAAUGUAGGCAUUUUUGACAAUAAAAGUUACAAAAACAA